CUCAUAAGCUUUGUUUUUUUUCUUGUUCUCUUGAAACUACAGCAUCUAUAAUAUAUCAUCGUCUCACUCUUCAACUCACCUAAAGAAAACACUUUUCUCUUCUUUCUCUUGUUUAACUUUUUACUCUUUUACUCUGAAGAACCUUGCUUACUUUACCUCAACUUUUCAAAUAGUUUUAACAUAUACAUUAGUGCUGUAGCUAAAGAACUACUGCUAUUUCUGUACAAGUUGGAAGUUUAAGAGAUCAUGAGUGCUACAAAGUUCAUCAAAUGUGUUACAGUUGGAGAUGGAGCUGUUGGAAAAACCUGUAUGCUUAUUUGUUACACUAGCAACAAGUUCCCAACUGAUUAUAUACCAACAGUGUUUGACAAUUUCAGUGCUAAUGUGGUUGUGGAUGGGAGCAUUGUUAACUUGGGUUUAUGGGAUACUGCAGGUCAGGAGGAUUAUAGCAGGUUAAGGCCACUGAGUUACCGAGGUGCAGACAUAUUUGUCUUAGCUUUCUCGCUAAUUAGCAGAGCAAGCUACGAAAAUGUUCUCAAGAAGUGGAUGCCAGAGUUGCGUAGAUUUGCCCCAAAUGUUCCAAUUGUUCUGGUUGGGACAAAGCUAGAUCUUCGGGAGGAUAGAGCAUAUCUUGCUGAUCAAAUGGGGUCGAAUAUUAUAACAUCUGCUCAGGGAGAGGAACUGAGGAAACAAAUUGGUGCAGCAGCAUAUAUUGAAUGCAGCUCCAAGACUCAGCAGAAUGUCAAAUCUGCUUUUGAUACGGCAAUCAAGGUUGUUCUUCAACCCCCAAGGAGGAAGGAGGUGGUAAGGAAGAAAAGGCACCGAAGGUCUGGCUGCUCAAUUGCGAGUUUGGUCUGUGGAGGAUGUGAUGCGUAAUUAGGAGAUAGUGGUUGGGGAUUGCUAGUUCUUGAUGAAGAUCAUUUUGGUGUUUGACAAUUACUGCUUCCUGACAGGAAAUUUCAUACUAUGCUUUAAUGUUUUGGGGGACUCAAUGGCAUGUAGUGGACCAAGAAACUGACUGGAAGAGGGACAGAGGGAAUUGUUCAUUCUCUCAUGUAUUAUCAGUAUUACUUUCUAAACUGUAUUUUUGUGGUUUCUGCAGAAAUAUAACUCGCUAUAAAGUAUGAAUUAAAAAUAUGUUGUUAAAGUCCUUGUCCACCUCUCAUUUUUUGACCCUUUACUUAGAAUAUCUCAUGUUCCCUAUUUGUUGAGUUACUCUCAUGGUUCCUUGCUGUUUGUGUCAAUAUUGGGGCUGUCUUGUCAAUUGUCAUGGUUCAUCAUCUUGUUUGUGAUGAAAACUAUUACUUGAACUGGGUUUUCUUAUAUACCCUGAAAAAUAGGUAUUAUUUCAAGUUGCAUUACCCCAUGUGAAGAAGAGGAAAAGAGAAAGAAGGAAAAAGGUUAUGGUGCAUCAACUUUAUCUCAGAUUGUUGUUGGA